GUGACUUCCCUUGUUGCCCUUAGUUACCCAUAGCAAAUUCAGCUACAAGGUGCGCGUUUUUAAUCAAGCUUCUUCUUCAUACUUCACUUGGUGACAAAGAGAAUUAAGCAAGAUGCCACCUCCACAUUCAGCCCGAUCAGAUGGUAGUGAUGGCGAGAUGGAGGGGUUGGCAGAGACCGAACUGGUUAAACUGCAGCGCAAAUUCCGCAUCAUGGAAAAUGACCGUGCUGCCUAUACAGAGGAAUCACAGAACAUGAUUCGAAGUCAAAAAAAAGAGAUGACUGUUUUGGAAUCAGAGAGAGAAGAACUGCUGAAAGAAUUAAGGCUGGCAGAAUCAUAUUCAAAUCAAAUUCGUGAUGAGGAUGAAACAGACACACUUGUUACUCUUUUAGAAGUGAAAGAUGAACAUGAUAAAGAGAUUGAAGAGGCAAAAAAAGAGCAGGCAGAGCUGGAUGUACAGAUAAGAGAGUGGGAAAAUAAGCUCAACCAACAGCGCAAGAACAUGGGUGGAACCCAUAUGUCCUCUCACCACACAGCACAGACACAGAAGAACAUCCGUGUUCUUGAAAAUCGGCUGGAUCAGGCAAAAAAGCGUUUUAAUGACUGCCUCAGCACAAAUGGACAGCUGAGAGAUGAAAUUGAAAGCCUGAGAAAUGAACAUAAGAGAUUUGAGAUAAUCUACAAAAAACUUGAGAAAGAACUGCGUGCUCUUCGCCGUGAAACGGGUGAAGUCAUUGAGAAAUCAACAGCAGCCUAUGAUGCAAGAGAUGAUGCCCAGGCCAAAAUGAUCAUCCUUAAGGAGAAAGCUGACAAAGACAUGCAGCAGCAUAAUACAGAAAUGAAAGAGUUGGUACGGAUCAUUGACCAUGACCGCAAACUAAAGGAGUUUAUGGGCAUCAAGACUCAAGAGAGACAAGAGGAUCCUCAGUUGGUUGCUUGGCGACAGAAGAAAGAAGCCACGGAGAACGAAAAGAAGAAAGAAAGCCAGGAGGGUUCAGUGGAGAUGUAUGAGCAGGCUUUUAUAAGAAUCAAGGAGAUGACAAAUGAAGAAGACCUUGACCGUCUAGUGAACCACUUUAUCAGCGUUGAGGAUACAAACUUUGCACUUUUUAACUUCGUAAAUGAACAGAACAAUCAGAUAGAGAAUCUGAAUGAAGAGAUUCAAGAGAUCAAAAAUGAGAUUGAGAAGUUCAAAGAUCAAGGUAUAGAGCUGGAGGAACAACGCAAAGUGAUCCUCAAACAGCUGGAGGAAAAAGAGGCCUCAGCAAGCCAUGAUGCAGAUGAGUAUGAGCAAAAAUACAAAGAGGUUGCCAAGAUUCUGGAUCAGCUCAAAGCAGGUAUUGACUCUUUGUUCAACAAAAUCAACUGUGAUCGAACAGCCAUUGACGACAUGCUGGGGGCAGCCAGUGGCGUGACUGAUAAUAACAUGCUGCAGUACCUUGGUAUCAUUGAGCAGCGAACCAAUGAGCUGCUGGCUGUCCAGACAUACCUCAACAUAAAAGACGCUGAUAAGUAUGAUCCGAAAGCACCAGGACUGCUCGGCGAAGGACCUGCAGCUCCAACACAGCAGCUUCCCAUAGUGCCCCCUGGCGUUGGAGAUGACUAUGAGAGUGAUCAAAGUGAGGGGAGUGAUGAUGAUGUCAUGCCUCUCACACGAAACGAGCUUGUCACACGAGUUAUGAAGACAGUGCAGAAACGAGAGUCGGCUGCACGUCGCGAGGGAUUCAAGUAUGACCUGUCAAACGCACGGGAAAAAACACAGAAACAGAAGCAGAAGGAAGCUAAAAAGUAAACACUGCAACAAAAAAAAAAACAACCAAAACAACAAAAGCAAAAACAAUGAUUGCAUGAGGUAGAAAUGUGUAAACAGAAAAUCAUAGAAAAGAAAAAUUUCUAAAUGUUUAAAUCAUUCAGAAUUACAUUCAAAAUCAGAUAAGUAUACAUGAAAUUUACCUGUUUAAGAAAAUAUUAACAAUACACGAAAGGAGGGGGGGGGGAAAUCUAAAGUAUAAUUAAAAGUUCAAAAUUUGCAGAAAUUACUUUUAUGCCAUUAUUUCAUAGAGCAGCACAUGCCCAGUCAUUAAUAGUUUGUGACCAUAAAAGUGUUGUGAGACCAUUUAAUAAUUUUGUACAUUUUGUCUGUCCUGAGUUGAGAUACUGAGAUUAUUUGGGAUAUUUUGCUCAUGGAUGUAUAUUUCUAAAACUAUCAAAAAUCUUCUUGCCAGCAGCAUUCUUGUGUAUUGCAGUUAGAUCGAACUGAUGAAGCCUAGAAAUAUUGAAAUAAUGUUGAAGUGAAUGAGGCCCAUGUCAGUUUCAUUAUAAAUAUUUACUUAAUUAAUAAUAAUGCAUUUGCAUAGCACCUUUUUCUAGCAACAGCAGGACUCAAAGCGCUUUACAGGAAUAAGAGUGCACUUAUAUACAGUGUACUUUGCUGUCAAAAAGAAAAGCUCAGUCCAAUGUACAAGAAGUGCAAAUAACUAUCCAUGGGAGGUACUACAGAGAAAAAAAGCUGACAGAUUGUAAGUUUUUGUCAGUUCUUAUCUUUGAAUGGGAUGACUUAGUGUAAUAGUAGAAGACUGGUUCGAGUUCUGUGCAGUCAUCUAUGAGUCAGCAGUAAUCUUAUUAACUAGUAGAUUGGACACAUGCAAAAGACAUUAUGCUGAGCCUUAUCAUAAUUAAUUUUCAUGGUGAAUAAAAAAGAAUGCAGAUUGA